CUUAAAAAAAUAAUAUAAAUAAUAGUUAAUUUAGAUUAUAUUAAUAUUUUUUUUUUAUUAAAAUUAAAAUAUUUGGAGGGAGAGGGGGGUGUGCUAGCCAUUCAUAUAAAGUAAAAAAAAAAUUAUGACCGGUAAAAAAAAAUGAUCAAAAAAAAAUUUAUUUUUUAAAAAAUUAUGAUGUCAAUAAAAAAAAAAAAUUAAAAUCUUAAAAUAAAUAAAAGGGGUUAAAAUUCAAUUUCUAUUUCUAGGAAAAAAAGUUUAUUCAAAAGAAGCAAUUCUCUUCAAUCAAGUUUUCUAAAUCCCUUUAUUAUUCCUUGAAGAAUCAACAUAUUAUAAAAUCAGAACCAUGAGAAUCAGAGUUUAUAACCGGAGGACUAAUGUAGGACUUGGAGAAAGAAUCUAGAACCCUUUUUAAAAUACCACAACCGGUCUUAUCAAAAGUGCAACUACCUGGAACCGCGACACAUCUUGGAGCACUGAACUUCUUUUUCAUUUUUUUGGAACCAUUAGAAAAAAUGUUCUCAAAUAUCAUUUUAGGUCUAAGUUUCCAACACAUAGUUCUACAAAGCUACCCCCCCCCCCCCCACCAGCCCUUAUAGCGUCUUAGCCAGGAUGUCCCUUUGUUGAACUGGUCCUAUGUAGUUUCCGAAACAUUCACUAAAGAGUUAUAAAUAUUACAAACUUGUUAUUAUAUCGUUUUUAUACCUCAGCAAGUCUAACAUCACAAAAGGGAAAUAAAUAUGAGCAUUCCAGAUUAAUUAGGAGGAAGAAGAAGAAAAGAAAAUGAUUACUCCCAGCAAGGUAUUCGUUGGAUUAAAGUUAAAUUACCUUUUAAAUCAACCAUGCUAAACACACAAUCGCAGCACCCAUUUCCUCCUUCAAAUCCGGAUUUGAUCAAUCAUUACAGAAAAUAUUUCAUAUCCAACGAAUAUUUUGACAAUCUUAUACUCAAAGCAUCUUACAUAACCCGUAAUAGCGAAUCUUAUCCGCGAUUUCCAGAUACGAAUAUUUGCUCUUCUCGAAAACAAAUUUUACCAAAUGAUUUUAAACUAAUCACCGAUGAAGAAAUCGAGAAGAACGCAGACGAUACCAACAAUAAAGAGACCAAUUUCCACGAUGCCUCGACGACUAGGGACCAAAUAGAGAAGGACAACGAUCAAACUUCGAAUGCGGGGGGAAUAAAUAAAGAGUCCUUUAAUUAUAUCAAGGAUUCUGGUGCUAAAAAAUAUAUAAAAGAAGAAUAUUUUGCUAAUGGCCAAUCAAAAAUUCACAAUAUACCCAUAAAUCAAUAUUCUGACGAUACUUACCAAGCUCACCCGGUGCCUUAUUUCCAGAUACCUCGCAAUGAAUUUUUAAUCCACGAAACAAAUCUUGAUACAUUUAACGAUCAAGACCCAUUUAUUCAAUUGCGACCCAAAUAUUUUCGUAAUGAUGAUGGUUCAAUAAAGGAAAUAUACAAAGCAGAAGAAAAUCUUUCGAACUAUGAUGCCAAAGAUACAAUCAUGAAAAAUUUAAAUGAUAAGGUGCAUAUCGUCACUGACACAACCGAACAGACGAUAAAGCAAACGAAAAUUAAAUCGUUAAAAAAAUUUAAAAAAGCAGAUAUUUAUCAACAAUUCCCGAAUGACGAAAACAAAGAUAAACCUUUUAUUAAUAAAUAUAAACCGGAAACCGAAGGUUUAUACAAACGACGUUUGGACUUGCCAGAUCACGAAAACCCCGCACUAUUUUUCAAACAUAAUACGACUCUCCAAUCCAUAAUCGAAAACCACUACAAUUUUAAUACCGAGGCUAAUGGCGAUUUAUCGACUACCAAAGAUUCUAAAAUUUUUCCUUAUAUACACCCUCCAAGCAAAUUAAAUGAAAACCCGUGCCCGAACACGCCGGAUACCUCGUACCAGCACUUCGCUAAAACGUACAAACGCGUGCAAUGUCCCAUUUGUCAAAAGACUUUUUGCGAUAAAGGAUCUCUCAAGAUUCAUCAUAGUGCUGUUCAUUUGCGGGAAAAACACAAAUGCACCGUGAAGGGUUGCGAGAUGAUGUUUAGUUCGCGCCGGAGUCGAAACAGGCACAGUGCGAACCCGAAUCCUAGACUUCACAUACCCGGCUACAGACAUCACCGGAGCGUGUGUAUGAAAGAUCUCGAUAACAUCUCCUGCCUUAAUAAUUAUAAUACAAAUACUAUGAAAACUGAUGACAGUGUUUUUGACAUUGAAAAUGAGCUUGACGACGGUGACGAUGGCAAAAUUAAGGAUCACAAUGAGAGUGGAAUCGAUUUUAUGUCUAAAUGUAGUAUGGCAGAUGUAAAGUACGCAAACGAUUUCCGAAUUGAAAAAAAGUCGGAUGAGGUUUUAUCGGUUUAUGUUCCAAAAAAUUUGUUAUCUCCCGACGGCACCUCCCAUCAAGCUUUAGAUCUUUCCAUGAAACCAUCAAAUGGGUUCAACUAUAAUGCAUCGAAGCAUGACUUUAAUUUUAAAAAGGAGUAUAAUAUGCUUUCAAAUAAUAAUAUGUAUCGCGGUUACUCCGACAUUGGGUCAAUUAGACGCAAUGAUUGUAUAAAUAAUUCCCUUUGUUUUCAACAGUCCUCAUUACCCAAUAAGGAUUGUCAAUUAACCGAUUCAUCCCAUAAAUCUACUAAUGACAUCGCUAUUCUGACAAAACCUCCCAAGAACAUGUGCACUUUAGUGAAUUCGAAAAGGGUUUGGAAUAAGAGAAAAACCUAUAUACCAUGUAAAAUUUAUCUUACUGAUUCUCAUAAAAAUCCUAUUGCUGAUAUAGUCAAAAAUGAGGUGGAUUACAAAAUAGACAAUCCUAACGGCCGUAUAUUUUCCCGGAAUCAUUCGCGGCACAAUAAAAUGAUAACGGCAAAUGACUUUUGUGAUGAUUCUUUGUACAAUAAUAAACAGAUUUUAUCUGCGAUUACAUCUCCAAAUAUUAUAUCCUCGAACGAUGUUGUCAGCACCGAACACAUAAUCGGCAAUAAAAAUAUCUAUCUGAAUCUUUACGAGCAAUGGAAAAGAUAUCAAGUGCAAGUUGAAAAUAAUAUUUGUGAUAAAUCAAAAAAUAACUGCAACAAUAAUAAUAAUAGUAAUACUGACAGAUUAUUAGAUACUACUACCAACCAAAUAACUUGCUCUGUAUCAUCGGUGGUAUCCGAAAAUCCGCUAUUGAAUAAAGUUAUAUCCAACAAUCAUGAUUUAGACCCACUAGAUUUAUCCUGCAAACAACUCAUUACAGAUAAUGUUAAAACUGAACCCGACGAAAUUCAAUUUAUCGCUCUCGAAUCAAAAUGUCAGAAUAGCUUAGCACCUUUUGCAGCAUCAAAUAAUCGGUACAAUAAUAAUAAUAACUUGGAAGACGGUAUAGAUAGUGACCAAAAAGACGAGUUGCUUGACUUAAGUGCCAGCAAAUUUAAAUGCUCUUUGAACGCGCCACGUGAUAAUAAUUCGAUUCGAUCCAUAGAUGUCCCCGAAUUAACUAAUAAAAGUGACUCUCAUUCCAGCAAUUCUUCAAUGCACCCAUACUCUAGCGAAGAAUCUUUAGGCGAUAUGGAUAAUCCAGAAAAUUAUAACCUCUCCGAACCGCCCUCGCCUACGAUACAUAACAAAAACGCUUUUUUAAAUUCGAUUCAUUCUUUUAUACCCUGGAUGUCUUAUUUUUUAAAUAAAAUGGCAUGCGAGAACUCCGAUCCAUAUUCGUUCCUAAAUUUUUCCUAUCUAAAUAACUCUAAUUUUAGACAGUUUAUAGCACAAAUGGCUAUGUAUUAUCCUAAAUUUUUGCAAAAUAAAAAGCUGGAAGCUCAGAUGAUGCAACAAACUAAUUUCAACCACUAUCUAGUUCCCCAAUCAUUGUUUUCCAGGAAUAAUCCCUAUAUGUAUAAUAACAACGAUAUGGCUGCUUAUCCUAAUUCUAAUUUUUUAUCCCACAAUCUCGCAUCACAGCAACCAAAUCAUAUAAAUCAAACUCCCUCCAACUAUAGAGUUAAAAUGGAGUCCUCCUCACUAUUUCGCAAAAAAAAACAUUUCGGAAAAGAUGGGAAAAUCCGCAUGCUUACCAAUCCAGACAAAACUAGAACCAAAAACCAAAUUAAAAAACUGAAAUUUUCGCUACCCGCUACUAAAAACAAACAUUUUCCGCACAAGAAUAAGCAUUUGAACCUAAACAUCGCAUACGGGAAAUGGCCAAUGAACAAUGCGGAAAUACCGGAAAAGAUUAUGACCAUCGCUUAUUCUCAAAAUGAUAAUCAACCUCCCCCUCAGAGCGAUCUAUCGUAUAGAUUAUCGCAUGAUGAUUUUCAAGACGAAACCAUGCCAUAUUCUUAUUCUAGCUCCUCGAACAAUUUGCAACAGCCAAAUCACCUCGAAUAUCACCAUUCUAAUGGUCACCAAAAUAAUGAUGAAACAUAUGACACAGAUGCAAAUUUUAGUAACUAUAAUGAGUCCGGCUUGGAAUCUGUGAGAGAUAACAUGCCCAUUUCUCUGGUCAAGCUCAAAGCUAACUCCACUAUCUUUGAGAAAAAACUGAAAUAUCGGACCAAACCUAUUAUCAAUAAUAAUUACAAAUAUUUUGCGAAUAACUACAACAGUGUUAUAACCGAUUUUGAUCUCACAAACAACAUUGAUACCAAAAAAAUUACUAUGAUUACCAAAGGGGGAAUUGGGAUUUAUAGCAGAAAAUCUCAAUCUCCAAACACCGAGGGAUUGGAGAUUCCGGCCGACCCCGAAAAUCCAAGGCUAUGUGUUUUGUGCGGAAAAAUUUUCCAAAAUCAUUUCGGGGUUAAGACCCAUUAUCAAAACGUGCAUUUGAGACUCAUGCAUAAAUGCACCGUACCCAACUGCGCCGCGUCCUUUCCUUCCAAAAGAAGCAGGGAUAGGCAUAGCGCCAAUGAAAAUUUACACGAAAAAAAGGCUGGGAUCAUCAAUAAAAUUGAUACAAAAGUCAUUUCAUUAAAUGUUUAGCGUUCUUAGGAGAAGAUAAUUAGUUGACUCUUGAACUUGAUUACCUUUUUUUAAUCUAUAGAGUUAAGUAAGUUAGCGCUCGUUUUAUCCGAUUAGUGCAAUUCGAUCCAAUUAAAAAAAAUAUGUCCAUAGAUUUUUAUAAAUCAUUACUUAUCCAAUUUUUUUUAAAAUUUAGCAUAAUUUUUUUAUAUAAGAAGCAUAAAAGUUUUAAAUCUAAGCACCCCACUGCCCUUACUACUACCAAAGCUGUCCAAUCCUAUCCAAAAUUUUAUAGUUAAUUAUUGGACCAAAUAAUACUAAUUGUAAUUUAACUUAUUUUUGUGAUUUAAAUAUUUGCAUUUAUUAUUAUUUUAUAUAUAAAUUUUUGUUGAAUAUUAUCAACUUUUUUUUAAAACAUAUUUUUAGAUUAUUUAGUGCCCAUUUUC